CAUUAGGGGAGUAUCUUGGCUGGCCCGCAUCCUAGUGGCGAUUGGCUGGGUGGGCUGUUACUCAGCCGUUUCCGGAGCAGCGGCGGUAGCGGCGACGGAGGAGUGGGUUUCGACGUUAAACUGAGAAAGGACUUCGGGAGCUCGAGCCCAGGCCAGGAGACGUAACCCCCCACAUCCGGGUCCCGCUGCCUCCAGCUCCGGGUCUCCGGUUACGGUUGAGCCUAGGCAGCUUCGGAGCUACCCAGCCGCCUGCACGGCCUGAAGCGACUACCCGCUUGGCCUGCGCCUUGGGCCACUCCAGCAGCGGGGCCGCGGGGCCUGUCACAGGCCGCAGCUCCGGGACCAGCCGACAACCCCAGACUCCAGCAAGAUGGCGCAAUGGAACCAGCUGCAGCAGCUUGAUACUCGGUACCUGGAGCAACUUCACCAGUUGUAUAGUGACAGCUUCCCCAUGGAACUGAGGCAAUUCCUGGCCCCUUGGAUAGAGAGCCAGGACUGGGCAUAUGCUGCCAGUAAAGAAUCACAUGCCACGUUGGUCUUCCACAACCUCUUGGGUGAGAUAGACCAGCAGUACAGCCGCUUCCUUCAGGAGUCAAAUGUCCUCUAUCAACACAACCUUCGGAGAAUCAAGCAGUUCCUACAGAGCAGAUAUCUUGAAAAACCAAUGGAGAUUGCCAGGAUCGUAGCUCGGUGCCUGUGGGAGGAGUCUCGUCUCCUUCAGACAGCAGCCACAGCUGCCCAGCAAGGAGGGCAAGCCAACCACCCCACAGCUGCCGUGGUGACAGAAAAACAACAGAUGCUAGAACAACACUUGCAGGAUGUGCGGAAAAGAGUACAGGAUCUGGAACAGAAGAUGAAAGUGGUGGAGAAUCUCCAGGAUGACUUUGAUUUCAACUACAAGACACUGAAAAGUCAAGGAGAUAUGCAAGAUCUAAAUGGAAACAACCAAUCGGUGACUAGGCAAAAGAUGCAGCAGCUGGAGCAGAUGCUGACUGCCCUAGACCAGAUGCGGAGGGGAAUUGUGAGUGAAUUAGCAGGGCUUCUUUCAGCCAUGGAAUAUGUGCAGAAGACUCUCACAGAUGAAGAGCUGGCUGACUGGAAGAGGAGACAACAGAUUGCUUGUAUUGGGGGCCCUCCCAACAUCUGCCUGGAUCGCCUAGAAAACUGGUUAACUUCCUUAGCUGAAUCUCAGCUCCCGACCGCCAGCAGUAAGAAACUGGAAGAAUUGCAGCAGAAUCUCUACAAAGGCGACCCCAUUGUCCAACACCGACCAAUGCUGGAAGAGAGAAUUGUGGAGCUUUUUAGGAAUUUAAUGAAAAGUGCCUUUGUUGUCGAGCGGCAGCCCUGCAUGCCUAUGCACCCUGAUCGGCCCUUGGUCAUUAAGACCGGCGUCCAGUUCACUACCAAAGUCAGGUUAUUGGUCAAAUUUCCUGAAUUAAACUAUCAACUUAAAAUUAAAGUGUGCAUUGACAAAGACUCUGGUGAUGUUGCAGCAUUAAGAGGAUCCCGGAAAUUCAACAUUCUGGGAACAAACACGAAAGUGAUGAACAUGGAGGAGUCUAACAAUGGCAGCCUCUCUGCAGAGUUCAAACACUUGACCCUGAGGGAGCAGAGAUGUGGCAAUGGGGGCCGGGCCAACUGUGAUGCCUCUUUGAUAGUGACUGAAGAACUUCAUCUCAUCACCUUUGAGACAGAAGUUUACCAUCAAGGCCUAAAGAUCGACUUGGAGACACACUCCUUACCAGUUGUGGUCAUCUCUAACAUCUGUCAGAUGCCAAAUGCCUGGGCUUCAAUCCUUUGGUAUAACAUGUUGACCAAUAACCCCAAGAAUGUUAACUUCUUCACCAAGCCUCCCAUUGGGACAUGGGAUCAAGUUGCUGAGGUGCUAAGCUGGCAGUUUUCCUCCACCACAAAGCGGGGCUUAAGCAUCGAACAGUUGACUACACUAGCAGAGAAGCUUUUAGGACCUGGUGUGAAUUACUCAGGGUGCCAGAUCACAUGGGCCAAAUUUUGCAAAGAAAACAUGGCUGGCAAAGGUUUCUCCUUCUGGGUUUGGUUGGACAACAUUAUUGACCUCGUGAAAAAGUAUAUUCUGGCAUUGUGGAAUGAAGGGUAUAUAAUGGGCUUCAUUAGCAAGGAACGAGAGAGAGCCAUCCUGAGCACGAAACCCCCUGGAACCUUCCUGUUGAGGUUCAGCGAGAGCAGCAAAGAGGGAGGCAUCACCUUCACCUGGGUGGAAAAGGAUAUUAGUGGCAAGACCCAGAUCCAGUCAGUGGAACCAUACACAAAGCAACAGCUGAACAAUAUGUCCUUUGCUGAGAUCAUCAUGGGCUAUAAAAUCAUGGAUGCCACCAACAUCCUGGUAUCUCCCCUAGUCUAUCUCUACCCUGACAUUCCCAAGGAGGAGGCAUUUGGAAAGUAUUGCCGGCCAGAGAGCCAGGAGCAUCCUGAAGCUGACCCAGGUGCUGCCCCAUACCUGAAGACCAAGUUUAUCUGUGUGACCCCAACGACCUGCAGCAAUACCAUUGACCUGCCGAUGUCCCCCCGCACUUUAGAUUCAUUGAUGCAGUUUGGAAAUAAUGGUGAAGGAGCUGAGCCCUCAGCAGGAGGGGGACAGUUUGAGACCCUCACGUUUGACAUGGACUUGACUUCUGAGUGUGCUGCAUCCCCCAUGUGAUGGGUUGAGAAUGGAAGCUACAGAAUGAUGUAACUGAGGCACCUAAACCCCCCCCCCCUCCAAAAAAACAAACCCCAACCCAGCAACCAAGCCCCAGAUCAACUGAAACUUGUCCCUUUGUGGCUCCAGAUAAUUUUCUUUGCUCUCCUGCUUCUCAUUUAUCCUUAAGUGAUUAGGGUACCUUUCUCCCAGAGAAAUGGCUGCAUCUAGGUUAUAUGCUAUUAACCAAACACAAGUCAUACAGUUCAUCCUUUGAGACUGUGGUGGUUUGGGUGGGAGCAUGGGGGUAGGGGAAGCAGAAGGGAGAAGAAGGGAAUGUGUUUUGAUUCUCCCCCCUCUAACUUUCUUCCUCCUAAUUAUUUGGGGAUUUUUGUGUGUGUUCUGGGUUUCCUGCUUUGUUUUUUGUUUUGCUUGACAAGUGCCUACUGGUGCCAGCUGCAUCCAGUGCCUGCUUUGUGUGUCGGUGCUCCAGGCCGUGUCUGACUGUACUAUGCCAGCACCUGCCGCACCUCUUCUCUAGCUAACAUCCAAACAGAAGGGAGGACUUUUUAAACUUGGAAAAGUUAAAAUCAAAAGAGAAAAAACACCAUUCUCUCCCAUAUCAAAGCUUUUAAAAAAUGUAUUGGGGCAGCUAGGUGGCACAGUGGAUAAAGCACUGGCCCUGGAUUCAGGAGGACCUGAGUUCAAAUCUGGCCUCAGACACUUGACACUUACUAGCUGUGUGACCCUGGGCAAGUCACUUAACCCUCAUUGCCCUACCAAAAAAAAAAUUAUUUAAGACUCCUCGGAGAUUUCUUCCAGGUAAUCAGCAAACCCACAUAGCAGUCUUUCCUUAGAGUCCUAGAGUAGGUUAAUUAAAUUCAUUCUUUCCUUCAUUCAACAAACAUGCUCAAGGUGCUGGGGACACAAAGAUAAAAUCUGACAUGAUUUCUGCCCUCAAGGAGCAUACUAUUGAUUACCUCAAAUGGUAGUUGAAGCUCUGAAGCUAUUGCUUGGCCUUUAAAACAGACAUGUUUAGGAAGAGCCUAAAAUUAUAUAUAAUUUUCUUUGAUAAACCUUUUCAUUCUCUCUGCUAGCCUCUUAGCCCCAAUGCCUUAGUUUCUGGUUCUGAGCUUGGUUGUUAGGGUGCCUUAUUUGGGCUGGAGGGAUUCUUCCCUCCUCAGCCCGCAUGACCCUCUUCCCUUCUGGUUUCUCUAAAUCCCAUUGCUUUAGGAAUCCUGGGCUUGGAGCCUUGUGAAAUACAAAAGAGCUGUGGGUGCCAGCAGUAGUGUCAAGCCAUGAGCCUCACAAAGCGCCCUGGUGGCUUCAGGGGACAUGGCUCUCUCAGGUUCUUGAAGGUUUUCAGCACUUAUUUCACUUUUCACAUGGUUAGCUCCUAGGGUGGAGACAUACAAAAUCAUAGAAUGUUCCAGUGCAAAGGAAUUUUAGGAGACUUUCUGCUAAGGCUGGGGCUUAUACUUUGGUUGGGCCUGUGUCUCUUGGCUUUCCCCAAGCCUGGGGGUGAGUCAGAGGCCCCCGCUUUUGGGCCUGGGAAAGAGGAAAGAAGACUCCACCUCUUGACUGGCCUUAAAUUGUCCUCAGGCCUCUUCUGGUGCUUCUCUUUUUGCCUUCCUAGUAUUAGCCAGCCAAAUGAUAGUGCACACUUGUAGUGUUGUCCCAGGUGCUUUCUUGAAGAGGAUUGAGGUCCAUUCUGCUCCAGAGGCAGCCCCUUGGAUUAUGAGGACCUUGAAGCGUCUGUUCUCAGUUGUUCCCUACCCUCUGUCAGUCCCCAGAGCAGCCUUUGAGCUGAAUGGGGAGACUGAUCUCCCCAAGAGAUAUAGAAGUUCCUCCUGGUCUGAAUCAUCUUCACGAUGAGAUGGAGUUGGCAUUCAGUGCACACCCUUCUCCCUUUUUUUAGCAAAAGUCAGGAGCACCUUGAUCAUGUAGGCUGGAAAACUGAGGACUGCUACCAAGAACUCACUGUUGCUAUUUUGCAAUGUGGGGCUGGAGAAGAUAGGUGACUCAGAGCCCUGGGGUGGACUUUUAGAAUUGAUGAUUUUAGGUGGCGUGUGUCUUCCUGUUUGGAAUUCUUGUGAUGACAGAAGCAGUGAAAGGAACUGAGACUUGGUUUACCUUUCCCUCCAUUUAAUUGUUUCCUCUCAAGAACAGUAUCUGGGAUAGGUCUUGCUGCCCUUCUCAAACCCCUUUCAAACUCCCCUUCCCCCUCAUCAUGCCCCCAAGGGGCUUCCCUGUUGCCAGUUCAUCUUGUACAUUGGUUUUGUUUGUAAAACAACCUCUGAACUGUUGACCUAGUACUUCUUGCAUUCUGACUCUAAGUGUAUACUUCAUACUGUAAAAAAAAAAAGUUGGUUUUUGUAUAUUUUAUUGCUGUAUCUAUCUGCUUUUAACUUCUAGAAAUAAACAUUUUAAAGCAA